GACGCACGCAGAACGUCAACGGCGUCCAGUCACAGCAACACUGCACGCGCCGCCCGGUAGUGAGGAGGUGGAAGUGUAGACAUCGCAUUUAACAGUUUGAGCGUGCUACAUGACAGGUGUUUUGACCGUUUACCGCGCAUUUUAACCACGCUCAGCAAUAAAAGAUGGAAAACGGAGUACCCACGAUUGGCGACAGCAAACUGGACUCAGCUGUGAAGCAAUGGCUGCUGCACGACAAGAACCCCAAGACUGCUGCGAUGAUUCAGGAGAUGGUGAAUCAGGGAAAUGUGGAGGCACUUAAGAAAUGUUUCUCUUCUCGGAUGGAGUUUGGUACAGCAGGGCUGAGGGCAGCUAUGGGCCCUGGCAUAUCCUGUAUGAAUGACCUCACUAUCAUCCAGACUACACAGGGUUUCUGUAAGUAUCUUGAGGUGAGCUUUGAGAAUCUUAAAGAGCGAGGGGUUGUGAUUGGUUACGAUGCCCGCGCUCAUCCUCCCAGUGGUGGCAGUAGUAAACGCUUUGCCAGUCUAGCUGCAGCUGUAUUCAUCAGCCGAGGAGUGCCUGUCCACCUGUUCUCUGACAUCACACCCACACCGUUUGUGCCAUUCACUGUCUCACAUUUGGGUCUGUGUGCUGGUAUAAUGGUUACUGCCUCUCACAACCCUAAACAGGACAAUGGGUACAAGGUUUACUGGGAAAAUGGGGCCCAAAUUAUAUCUCCUCAUGACAAAGGCAUCUCCAAGGCCAUUGAGGAAAACCUGGAGCCUUGGCCGGAAUCAUGGAACAUAGACGAAGCACAGAAAAGCUCAUUACUAAAGGAUCCCUACGAGGAUAUCUACAAGGCAUAUUUCAAAGCUAUUCAGGCACAUUGCCAUCACAGAGAGAUUAACAAGAGUUCUGAGGUGAAAAUUGUCCACACAUCUGUGCACGGUGUUGGCCAUAUAUUUGUUCAAGAAGCAUUUAAAACCUAUGAACUUCCUCCUUCGUAUGCUGUUGAAGAACAAAAAAAUCCAGAUCCAGAAUUUCCCACUGUUAAAUAUCCCAAUCCAGAGGAGGGAGAGGGAGUCCUGACUCUUUCAUUUGCACUGGCAGAAAAGGAAGGGGCCACUGUGGUUUUAGCCAAUGAUCCUGAUGCAGACCGACUGGCAAUGGCUGAGAAACAGGAGAGUGGGUCGUGGCGUGUGUUCACUGGGAAUGAAUUGGGUGCAUUGCUCGGUUGGUGGAUGUUCUAUUGCUGGAAACAGCAGAAUACUGAUGAAGGUGCAGUGAAAAACCUCUACAUGCUGUCGAGCACCGUCUCCUCUAAAAUACUACGGGCCAUUGCUGUGAAGGAGGGAUUCCACUUUGAGGAAACACUGACCGGGUUCAAGUGGAUGGGCAACAGAGCCAGAGAUCUUUUAGACCAGGGCAAAACAGUUUUGUUUGCAUUUGAAGAGGCCAUAGGUUAUAUGUGUAGUCCUUCUGUGUUAGAUAAGGAUGGAGUGAGUGCUGCGGCAAUAGCUGGAGAGAUGAUUUCUUACCUGGCAACCAAAAACACAACUCUUUCUCAAAAGCUUACAGCCAUCUUUAAUGAUUAUGGGUAUCACAUAAGCAAGAACUCCUACUUCAUCUGCCACGACCAAGAUGUCAUCCGCAGUCUGUUUGAACGCCUGAGAAACUAUGAUGGACAAAAGGACUCCUACCCGCCAGAGUGUGGUCGUUUCUCCAUCACUGCUGUGCGAGACCUGACAACGGGGUAUGACAGCAGCCAGCCAGAUAACAAGGCUAUUCUGCCCACCUCCCGUUCAAGUCAGAUGAUAACUUUUAACUUCUCAAAUGGUGGAGUUGCCACUAUGAGGACCAGUGGCACUGAACCUAAAAUUAAAUACUACACUGAACUGUGCACUCCACCUGGAAACAGUGAUGUGACAAGUCUGAAGAAGGAGUUGGAUGAACUGGUUGAUGCCAUCGUUGAACAUUUCUUCCAACCACAAAAGAAUAAACUGCAACCAAAGCCGGAGUAGCACAAAGUACAUUUCCAAAUUAAACCUGUUGUGUUUACAGGGAAAAUAGUUUUAUAUACUGUGAAAAUAUUCAGAGGAGCAAUCAGUGAUUCAGUCUUAAUUACAGUUUUCCGGAUUAUUUAUGUUUGUCGUGAUACAUGCAUCAUUGUGUCAAGGCUGGAUUUUAAAUUGACUGAUACACACAUAGAAUUUAUCCCACAUACUGUCCUAAGUCAUUCCUCUUUAACCAUUCCUACGUGUAUUGGUAUUCUGAAUGCGCCAGUAAUGCUUCACUCUACAAAAUAUUUAGAUCUAUAUACCACAGUACAAUGUAUGUAAAAAAGAAUCACCUUUUCAAUAAAAAUAAAACAUUCAUCAUUUGAUUUGUAUUCUGUUGAUAUUCAGUGUUCAUUUAUGUCUAACCACGUACUUAUUAAAUGUUAAACAAUAGGCUACUCAAUUUGAAAUGAAUAAACUGUUUUUGUGUCU